CUGGCUGGAGAUAAAUGGACUCUGCACACACAACAAUAACAGAAAAGACAACAAUAGCAAAAGAAAGAGGUCUAGACCCGUGCAUACCGGACCUCAAACAGAGAGGGGAAUAAAACAGAGCACGAGUGUUUCCUCCUCCUGAAUGAACGUCACUUACAGCAGCAGCGCCUUCACGCUCCGCUGCUCUCCACUGCUUUAAGUAUUCCCGCAAUAUUAGAGGAGUCAUGAAUAACAAUUAUUCUGAGGAGGUGUAGCGAGUGAACGGACGGAGCACUGCGCACUCUGGAUCGGGAACAGAACAGCACAACUGAGACCUGGAGCAACAGGGUUCCUAUACGAGAAGUCAUUUGAGCUGAAAAAACAAGUUUUUGUUCCGUGUGUGGUCAUGAGGAGUUGAGAAAGGAGCGCGUUUCUUCAGGCGAGCGUGUAUCGUACUGUCGCGUGUCCUUCUGCUCUCCGCGAGCUCGCGCUUUUCCGCACAGAUGUUAGUGCACACGUAUUCCUCCACGGACCGCCAUGAUGGGGUACCGAGCCACAGUUCCAGACUGUCCCAGCUGGGUUCGGUCUCUCAGGGUCCGUACUCCAGCGCUCCGCCGCUCUCACACACACCGUCCUCGGACUUCCAACCACCGUACUUUCCCCCGCCGUACCAGCCGCUGCCGUAUCACCAGAGUCAGGAUCCGUACUCGCACGUCAGUGACCCGUACUCUCUGAACGCUCUCCACCAGCCCCAGCAGCACCCGUGGGGCUCCCGUCAGCGGCAGGACGUGGGCACGGAGAGCGGAGCUUUACUCCCGCAGCCUCGAGCCUCUUUACCGCAGCUCUCGGGUCUGGACCCCCGGCGGGACUACUCGACCGUGCGCCGACCGGACGUGCUGCUUCACUCCGCACAUCACGGGCUCGAGGGCAUGGGAGACGGGCUGUCCCUUCACGGCCUGGCGCACGGCAUGGAGGAUGUGCAGGCUUUGGAGGACGCAAACGGCGGGAUGAACAUCCUGGAUCAGUCAGUCAUUAAAAAAGUUCCAGUUCCUCACAAGAGCGUCGCUUCUCUGAUGAUGAACAAAGACGGUCUGAUCGGCGGGAUCUCCGUGAACGCGAAUGAGGUUUUCUGCUCGGUUCCCGGACGCCUGUCGCUUCUCAGCUCCACAUCCAAAUAUAAAGUGACUGUUGGCGAGGUCCAACGACGCCUCUCUCCGCCAGAGUGCCUGAACGCUUCUUUGCUUGGCGGGGUUUUGCGGAGAGCGAAGUCGAAAAAUGGCGGUAGAUCUCUGAGGGAAAAGCUGGAGAAAAUCGGCUUGAAUUUGCCCGCGGGGAGACGCAAAGCAGCGAAUGUCACUUUACUGACGUCUCUAGUAGAAGGAGAAGCUGUUCAUUUGGCUCGGGACUUUGGCUACAUUUGUGAAACUGAAUUUCCUACAAAGGCCGUGUCUGAAUAUCUGAACAGACAACACACAGAUCCAAACGAACUGCACUCGAGGAAGAACAUGCUGCUCGCCACAAAGCAGUUGUGUAAGGAGUUCACGGACCUGUUGGCUCAGGAUCGCACUCCAUUAGGAAACUCUCGGCCUUCGCCCAUCCUGGAGCCAGGAAUCCAGAGCUGCCUGUCACACUUUAGCUUCAUCACGCACGGGUUUGGUUCUCCAGCCAUCUGCGCCGCCCUCACGGCUUUGCAGAAUUACCUGACUGAAGCCCUUAAAGGCCUCGACAAGAUGUUCCUGAACAACCCCACUUCCAACCGACACACAUCUGUAGACGGACCCGGCUCCAAAGGCGGAGAGAAAGAGGAAAAACACAGGAAAUGAACUGUGGAAAUACGAUAUCAAGGAGGCGGAGUCAUUGGAGAUGUUCAGAGAUUCUAUAAACUCUAGUUUUAUGACAUUGCGUUUUACAUUCUGGGUUGAAGGUGGAGAUUGGACAAGAGAUCACGGGAAAACGAAAGGAACGAUACGAUACAAGAGACUGGAGGACAUGAGUCUGCCGUGACACGUUCACCAUCUUCAUCUCAUUGGUGUGCGAGUGUGAACAUAUUCAAGGAGUGUUUGUGAGUGUGUGUUUUUGUGUAUAAACGUUUGACAUUUUACAUGAUGUUAGACGCAGGCUGUCCUUUACACACAUGCUCAUGAAUCUGAUACCUGAUAUUUGAGUGUUCAUCCGUGUAAUGGCCAGCACAUGAGAGGACAGGUUUGCUUGAGACAUUGGUGGAGACACUUUUAGCUACUAUAUUUAAUUAUACUUAUUAUACAAAAUUAUUGGUGCACAGUUCUGCAAUAUUAAACACAUUCCAUUCAGCCUUCGCCAAGAUUACAGUAA